CGGCCGUCAGCUGACUGUGGCGGCGGCGGCCUUGCGGGGUAACAGUCAGAUCGUGGUUCCGCGCGGAGCGUCGCCGGCGCGUCACCUCUCGGAGGGCGAGGCCUGAGGCCGGCCAGACCAUGGCGACCACCGUCAGCACGCAGCGCGGGCCGGUGUACAUCGGGGAGCUGCCUCAGGACUUCCUGCGCAUCACGCCCACGCAGCAGCAGCAGCAGAUCCAGCUGGACGCACAGGCUGCACAGCAGCUGCAGUAUGGAGGGGCACUGGGCACCGUGGGCCGCCUCAGCAUCACCGUGGUGCAGGCCAAGUUGGCAAAGAACUACGGCAUGACCCGCAUGGAUCCGUACUGCCGACUGCGCUUGGGCUACGCAGUGUACGAGACGCCCACAGCCCACAACGGCGCCAAGAACCCACGCUGGAAUAAGGUCAUCCAGUGCACGGUGCCCCCGGGCGUGGACUCCUUCUACCUGGAGAUCUUUGAUGAGCGAGCCUUUUCCAUGGACGACCGCAUUGCCUGGACGCACGUGACAAUCCCCGAGGCACUGAGGCAGGGCAAGGUCGUGGACGAAUGGUACAGCCUGAGCGGGCGGCAGGGCGACGACAAGGAGGGCAUGAUCAACCUGGUCCUGUCCUACACGUCGCUGCCGGCUGCCGUGGUGAUGCCGCCUCAGCCCGUGGUCCUGCUGCCCACUGUGUACCAGCAGGGCGUCGGCUACGUGCCCGUCACAGGGAUGCCCGCCGUGUGCAGCCCCGGCAUGGUGCCUGUGGCCCUGCCCCCAGCCGGGAGCGCCCAGCCCCGCUGCAGCGAGGAGGACCUGAAGGCCAUCCAGGACAUGUUCCCCAACAUGGACCGGGAGGUGAUCCGCUCUGUGCUGGAGGCCCAGCGGGGCAGCAAGGAUGCGGCCGUCAACUCCCUGCUGCAGAUGGGCGAGGAGUCCUAGAUGCGCCCGCCGCCAGCCCGCCCGCGCACCUGCCCGCCCAGCUCCCAGGGGCACCGCCCCCGGCAGAUCCCCGUGAACGCGCCCCGUGUAGCCCCUCCCUCGGACGUCUGUGUAGCCCAGUCCACACCCUUGUUCGGGAUGCAUGUGGUUUUCGGUUCCUGCAGCCGUUCUCAACGUGGUCGGGGUGGGUGGGGGGCCUCUCCUGCAUUGGGCAGAGGUCUGGGUCCCAUGUGCGCGCCCGCC